AUGUAUCCAAAUGAAAAUUAUGUGAACGAUAUAAAAUACACUAUACAACUAAAUCGUGUUUUUUGCCGUCUAUUAGGUAUCUGGCCAGAGGCAGAAUCUUCGUUUCUCGAACAUUUAAAAAGGAUCUUGCUGAUAUCAGGCUGCUACUUUUUCCUCGGUUGCGAGUUAAUCCCGACAAUCUUGUAUAUAGUAUUUGUAGAAAAACGAACCCGCAUCAGAUUGAAACUUAUUUCGUCUGUAAUGUUCACGAUACUGGCGGUCCUCAAGUACAGCAGUCUAGUGCUCAGCAAAAACCAAGUGAGAAACUGUCUAGCGCGAAUGAAGGACGAUUGGCGAAAUGUAAUAAGUACCAGUGCUCGUAAUUCCAUGAUUGAUAAGGCUAGGACUGCAAGACGUUUGCUCAUUCUGUGCGGCAUAUUCAUGUACAUAUCCGGUUUAUAUUUUCGUACAAUUGUGCCGUUAAGCAAGGGAAAAAUCAUCACCAAUCAGAACAUCACAAUUAGGCAUUUGCCAUGCCCGAGUUAUUUUGUUCUAUUUAACGGGCAAAUCAGCCCCGCGUACGAAAUCAUGUUCUUUAUACAGUUCUUCUCCGGAUUCAUCAAGUAUACCAUCACGGUGGUGAUUUGCAGCCUUGCCGCUCUCUUCGUUAUGCAUACAUGUGGGCAGCUUGAAAUAUUGAUGACGUUAAUAAACAGCCUGAUAAACGAAACUGAGGAGAAUAAUUUAGAUAAAAAGCUGGCCUUGACAGUGGAACAUCAGAUAAAGAUGCGAAAUUUCUUACGAUUGGUGCAAAGCACUUUGCAAUAUACGAGCUUAUUAGAAGUGAUGGGAUGUACGAUAAUUGUAUGUCUUCUAGGACAUGAUGUCAUCACGGGAGAGAAAUUAGCAUUAACAGUAUGUACGUUGGCUUGGUACCGUCUUCCGAAUGCGAAAGCACGAGCACUGAUAUUAAUUAUAGCCACAUCGAUUGUCCCGGCAAAACUUAAAGCUGGAAAGUUCUUCGAUCUUUCCAUCAGAACUUUCGGUGAUGUCGUUAAAACGGCUGUGACAUAUCUUAAUUUUAUUCGAAAAAUGAUGGAAUAA